GUGAAGUAUUGGAGGAAGUACGACGACAACGAGGCGGCGGCUCAGCGCAUGCUGCUGCCCAACUACAUCAACCAGACGCUGCUGGAGAACAUGCUGCCAGACUCUCACUACCUGGUGGAAGUGCGUGCCUACAAUUCUGCUGGCUUCGGCCCCCCGAGCGAGCACUACGAGAUGUACACCAAGAAAGCACCUCCAGCCCGACCUGCAAGAAUCUACAGGACGUAUAACUUACUGGGUACCUACAUAAAUGUGGCCUGGGAUCAUGUUUAUCCCUUAGACAACGAGUCGUACAUAGAGGGUUACAAGGUGCUGUUCAAGAAGCCGGGUCACCUGACUGGGAUUCUGUACACGACGGGGAAGCACUACAUGGACUUCCCGGUUCCGUCGGAGGGCGACUUCGUGGUGGAGGUCCGAGCCCGCAGCGAGGGCGGCGAUGGUCCCAUUUCCCGCGUCCGGAUUUCCGCUGGUGGAGUACUGUCUGCACAGUCAUUCAGUCUGGCCCUCCUGCUCGUCGUCGCCCUCUGCUGUCUGGGCUUCCAAAUGUAAGGUCAUCGUCUCUACGCUACGGAGGAGCACUGAGACUGGCGGCCUGGUCCUGGUCCUCACUGAGACUGGCGGCCUGGUCCUGGUCCUGGUCCUCACUGAG